CAAAACCAACCAACGAGGCUUCCAGAUGAGAAGGGGAUUCGUACUAGUCAUUUGGUUACGCUUUCUUCUCUUCCGAAGCUCCCAUGGCAAAGCGCUUGAUCCCAUCUUUGAAUCGUGUCUUGGUGGAGAAAAUCGUUCCUCCAUCGAAAACAAAUGCCGGAAUUUUACUCCCUGAGAAGACCACCAAGCUGAACUCUGGUAAAGUUGUUGCGGUGGGUCCUGGAUCUCGGGACAGUGAUGGGAAACUUAUUCCUGUUAGUGUGAAAGAGGGAGACUCUGUACUUUUACCUGAAUACGGAGGAACAACAGUAAAACUCGCUGAUAAAGAGUAUCAUCUGUAUAGAGAUGAAGAUAUACUGGGGACACUUCAUGACUGAUGUAUCUUAUAGACCCUGACCAGGUACCCUGGAUUGAAGGUUCAUGACAUUGCAAACUGAUGGAAUGAGACAGUGAGAGAAUAAGGUUCCCUCAGUCUAUUGAAUUCAUACCCUACUGGUUAAUCAGACUAAAUGGUUUUAGUUAUUAGAUUGGAAUUCUUCUGGUAGUGGCUUGCCUUCCAGAAAUGCAUUGAACAACAAAAUUGUUUAUCUCUGGCUGUGAGAACCGAGCCUUGUGAGAUUCCCCGCUAAGGGUGGCAAAGGAAAAGAUAUUUACAUACACUUGUGUUCCUUGCGGAAUCAAAGAAAGACCAAUCUGAAAAUCAGGCAUAGAUCACAAGGGUAAUUUUUCAAUUGGAAAGGACCUGGCACUAUAAAAUUUUAAGAUUGGAAUUUUUGCUCAA